GCCUCCCCAGAGGCCUUAAGAGAGAUCGAGAGAGAGCGCCACAAGCCUCCUGGCCCGGACACCACCGGGCCGGCCCCCACAAGGCUCCGCAGCAUGUGGGAACUGCGGUCCAUAGCCUUCUCCAGGGCCGUGUUCGCAGAGUUCCUGGCCACGCUCCUCUUCGUCUUCUUUGGCCUUGGCUCGGCCCUCAACUGGCCGCAGGCCCUGCCCUCCGUGCUGCAGAUCGCCAUGGCCUUCGGCCUAGGCAUCGGCACCCUGGUGCAGACUCUGGGCCACAUCAGCGGAGCCCACAUCAACCCUGCCGUGACCGUGGCCUGCCUGGUGGGCUGCCAUGUCUCCUUCCUCCGAGCUGCCUUCUAUGUGGCGGCCCAGCUGCUGGGGGCUGUGGCAGGGGCUGCUCUGCUCCAUGAGAUCACGCCAGUGGACAUCCGCGGGGACCUGGCAGUCAACGCCCUCAGCAACAACACGACAGCCGGCCAGGCGGUGACUGUGGAGCUCUUCCUGACCCUGCAGCUGGUGCUCUGCAUCUUUGCCUCCACUGACGAACGCCGUGGAGACAACCUGGGCACCCCUGCCCUCUCCAUCGGCUUCUCCGUGGCCCUGGGCCACCUCCUUGGGAUCCACUACACUGGCUGCUCCAUGAAUCCUGCCCGCUCCCUGGCUCCAGCUGUCGUCACCGGCAAGUUUGAUGACCACUGGGUCUUCUGGAUCGGACCCCUGGUCGGCGCCAUCCUGGGCUCCCUGCUCUACAACUACGUGCUGUUCCCCCCCGCCAAGAGCCUGUCGGAGCGCCUGGCCGUGCUGAAGGGCCUGGAGCCGGACACCGACUGGGAGGAGCGCGAGGCGCGGCGGCGGCAGUCGGUGGAGCUGCACUCGCCGCAGAGCCUGCCGCGGGGCAGCAAGGCCUGAGCGCCGCCCGCCUCGCCGCCCCGGCCCUGACGGACGCCCGCGGGCCGCAGGGGACCCACCCGCCCCUCCUCUCCCCCAGGUCCGAAGCUGGUCCCCAGAGCAGAGCAGCUACUUGCAGGACGUGCGGGGCCGCGGGGCUGCGCGGUAGCGGGCGGGGAGGGGACUGUGCGGUACCGCGAGCCUGGCAGAUCCUCUGCCCCAGGCUGUGGGUCUCUCAUGGUUGACCCCCUGGCCCCGUGCGGGGAACUGGGGAUCUGGAGAUCGAGCUGGGGAGGGAGGAUUCACAGGUAGGCCGGAAGAGGAAAGUUCUUAAGAGCCUGAACCCAGGUACUGGGUGGGAAGUGUACAGACGCUGGCACUGGGGGAUCUGGGAAUGAUGCCUCCAGUUUUGCUAGUGUGCAAGUGUGUGUGCAUCCGCUGUGCCUCCCUGUCCUCAAGUGCAGGGUUGUGCGUGCCCCUGAGCACCUGUGGUGGUGCAAGUGUGCACCCCUGGGGACUUCUCACUCCUGCUAGGAUCCCUUCCUCCACCACCUGCAAUAAAUCCACUUCCUCCGUAGUGGAUGAGUCCUGGAGGCCAAUCAUCGCCAGGAGAAGGUGAGGAGAGGAUCUGAAGGCCGCUUUGAGAGAGCUGAAGGGAGGGUCCUGAUUUCCAACCCCUACCUUGCCUCUCCUGCCUUCUCCCCAGCUGCAGCUCUGGGCCCCAAGACUUGCAGGGGGACCCAUUGCUCAAAGCAGAGAGGUGUCAACCAGAAAACAGCUCCCUUAGAAAUGGCCUCUGGAAAAAAGAGGGUUGGGUGGCUAAGGAUUUCCUUUUUGCCCUGAGGGACGACCUCUCCAAGGGGGGAAGCAGACACAUGUAUGUGCACAUACCUGUGUGUAUGCUGUGUGCUCAGAGGACCCUCAUCUCCAGCCCCCCACCCACCCAGAGAUUAGCCUCCCACUUCAGCAGAGAAAACAAAAGCCCUUUGUGGGCCCCUAGCUUUUGUCUUGGGAGAGGGGGAGAUUUGCAACUAGACACUUCUUGAAAGGAGACACUCAGUUUCGCAAGUGAGCCUCUCACCCAGCACACACCUAUACCUAUGGCUGGCUGGGCAAGGCGCUCAGGCAUGCAACCACCGGCACCAGGCAACGCCCCUCCAUCACUGGUUUAGCACCCCCAGCCCCACCCCAGGCAGCAGCUCCUCCUUGCCAGGAACCCCUGUUCCUUCCCUCCCUUCCUCCCCUCACCCCACGCUCACCUCUUUCUGGCUCCCAGCCCUGGACAGUUACUGUGGACAGAGCAGCCUGCUGCUCAGCGCUAGAGAAGGGAAAUGACUUGUCCAGGCAGAGGUAAGUCUGAGUCUAGAAUCCAGGCUUCUAAAUUUCCAAGCCAGUGCAAAGGUUCUCAAAUGAGAUUAACUGGGAUUAAGUGAGAUGAUACAUGUAAAGAGGCUGUGUGAACUGUAAUUCUUAAUACCAUUAUCACGCAUUACUAGGAUCAUUUCAUUAUUUCUGCUUCCUGGGGAAAGAAUGCAGAAGGGGCCUGACCCUCUGCCUCCUUUACCUCCUUUAGUCGGUAGUCAAAGCAAAGGAGAGUCCUGGGAGCCCCAAGGUCCAGGCAGGAGAUGGGUUUGGGGCUGGCCCCAUCCUGAUCCAGCCUCUUAACCUCUCCUUACCCAGAGUGCAGCUGGCUGUUCUCCUACUUCCUUCCUCCUACUGCCCAACCCCAUCCAUUCUCUCCCUCCCCCUCCAGACCGCUGCAUAACUAACCUAAAGGUCACACCUAGAGCCCCCCUCUCCAUGUUCUCCAUGGCCCCUGUGCUUUCAAGGCUUCUGUCUGUGUCUGUCCCACAUUGUACUCAUGUUCCCUGUGUACCAGGCACUAUGUCUAGCCUCUUCCUCCCUUCCACCCCCAUCAAAAAUGGACUGUGUAUAGGAACAUCUCUGUAAUUGUGCCUCUUCUCAUCUAGGCUCAGUUCUGUCUUCCUUCAGGAUGAGAAAAGGGCUUCCCUGGGCAACAGAUGCUAUGGAGAGCACUCUCUCAAACCCCCAACAGCUAGUGACAGCCACCUGGCCUCACUGCUGGGGGAAGGCUACAGCCAGAAACCAAGGUGACCUCUGGGGCUAUCCUCCUGGUAGCUGAGUGUCCUUGCUCUAGAAGCUAAAAGGCAGAAAGGCACCAAGCUGGGAGCCCAGCCUGGAUGUGUCUCAGGCCCCUCAUCCCCACUCUGUCUCACCCCAACAAACCCCUUUACAAGAUGACAACAAUUUCUCUCUAGGUCUAUUCCACUUCCUGGAUUGCAACUCCCCCAAAACUAAAUGUGAGAUCACUACCACUUCCAGCCCCUAUUGCCCAAAUUGGGGUCAGAGGUCAGAGCAAGAUUCCAAGUGAUGGGGAGGAAGAAGCAUCUCUUGUGUACCAGCCGCUGUGCUGGGUGCCUUACGUGCAUUAGCCCAGCCGCUCCUCCUAAAAUUUCAGACAGGUUAGGGAAGGACAAAGCCAGCAGCCAUGAAGGAUUUUACUAUUUCCACAUAUCUGCCUUAUCAUCCCCUAUGAUUAUCUCACAACCCCAUGGGAUAGGCAGAGCAAAUGCUGUUCUUCCCAUUUUAAACAUUCAGAAACCAAGGCUAAGAAACGAGUCUAUAAAAUCUGUACCCCCAUAAUAUGCCGAAAUUUAAAAAAUAAAUAAAUAAAUAAAAGAAACGAGUCUAAAGUCACACAAGUUAAUAUAUAGGAGCCAAGACAUGAACUCAAAUCUUCGUAUGCAAAAUCCCAUGAUCUUUCCACUGAGUCAAAUCCUAGACUUCUCCUGGGAGCCCCUGGCAGAAACCAAAACACACAACUGGGCCUGUCCAGCCCAGCACACUGUCUUGUGGAGAACACAGAGCCUUGGAUAGUGCAGUAGCAGGGUAGGGAAGACAUGACAAAGAAUGUGGAAUUGGUUUCUGCCCCUGAAGAGCACCUAGUCUGGAGGAGGGUGAAGGUCAGACACACCCCAAACCAGACAGAGACAGGGCAACAUGGAGGCAGGUGGACAGAGCUCUAGGUCCCCAAGCUUGGGACAGAGAAGGCUCUGAGCUGAGAGGAGGAGGUGGCUGAUCACUAUGUCUCAGAAGUAGCCAUUCCCACAUUCCCACUUUGUGCCAAAUGAUUUUGUACCUACAGAUGUUGUUUUGUAUCUUUAAGUUGUGAUUUUGUAUAUAUCUACAAUGCCUCCUAGCUAGAUUGUAAGCCCUGUGGGGGCAGGGCUCCUUCCAGUUCUUGGAUGACGUUCUCCCAUCUAUCUUCCCUCAUCUGUCUUGUCUAGCACAGUGCUCUGCAUAUAGUAAGCACUCAAUAAAUCCUCAUUUGCCAACA